AUGUCUCUCGUUCCCCAACCAAUUUCAACAUACUACUUUCUAAUUAAAAACUUUGUAGAUACGAUUUCAUCUCAUUCCUUCUCAUCAUUGUCGUUUCUACCUUCCCUCUGUGCUCUCAUCUUUCCACUCUCCCACCAACCCAACGCCAAUCCAAAACACAAAACACAAAAUCCUCCAUCUAUUCCUAGAAUCACAAAAAAUAAUCCACAAACUACCGCCUUUGUGACUCCCCACUCCUCUCCCAUCAAGUCGCUUUUUGCAGCCAUGCCUACAUACAGCACCCCAUCGAGAAAUAAAUUUAACACUACUUCUCCAGAGAUCCUCCACCCCAUUCCCUCCCCAAAAACCCCUGCAAUGCCUUCGCCGUACAGUCUCGUCGACGCCGCCGAGGCAUUUGUGGCCAACAUCAUCCUGAAAAACGGCAGAAACGAGGUGCAGAUCUAUCAUUUUUCACCCAGAUCAAGCUCAUCGAGCUCAUCGGACCCCAUAAUCGACGAGUCCCAAACAAAGCGCUUCGAGAAGGACCAUGCAAUCGUUUGUGCAUGCUGGUUGAAUGAUAAAGACGUCGUUGUUCCGCUUCGAAAGGCUCCCAAACGGAGAGCUUCCGAGGUCGAGUCGUCUUCCAACAAGACUGUGGCUGGAAACGGCACCAAGAGCCCUCCUGCCCUUCUAGCGGUUGCUUUUGAAUCCGGGGAGGUUCAGGUGUAUUCUCCAUUUUCCGAUUCCGCAGUAGCUACCGUUCAGGCCCCUGCUACGGUGGUAUCUCUUACCCAGUCCAGUAACGAAAACUGCUUCUGGGCACUCACUGAUGCCCGAGCAAUGGAAUUCAAUGCCUUUGACGGCACUGUCAAACGUACCGCUCGCUUGGGAAAAGUCGACAAGGAUUUACACACUAUCCACUAUAGUCCAUUCAAGGUCAAAACCACCUCUCACAAGAGUAAAUCGUCCGAGUCUAUUCUUGCAGCAUCCGCCCAUUUAUACCUCUUUGAUGGCACCAAAAGUAAGAAGUCGUUCGUGGCGCAGUACGCCGAUGCAGAUGACGACGAACGUGCUGGCAGCAUUUCCCACGUUCUGGCGCUCGAAUCCGACGACCUGGCCAUUCUUGUGUGUCGCGAAGGCUCAAGCACUGUUGCCCUCUAUGAUCUCGAAGAUCCUGCCCAAAAACCGUCCACCUGGGACUGCAAAUCUCGUAACAUCAGCGGCCUCCGUUCUCUCACAGAAAACCUCGUCGCUGUCUUCACCGAUGUCGGAACAGAGAUCCUCACAAUCAAGGACGAUGUUCUUGAUAGUAGAGUCAGUACCAUCCGUACCAACUUCAAGCAUAUUUUCUUCUCAGACAUGAUUUCCAGCGAUUCUCACGGCGUAGUGGGUAUUUGGUACGAUGAAAAUGAGCCUCGUUUCGAGCGUGUUUCCAGCGAUCCUUCUUUCGAAGGCGACAUGAAGAUCAACAUUCACUACCAAGCCGUGGCUGAUGACCACGUUGAAGAGAAUGCUCCUGAAAUCACAUUUGUUGCUGACGCCGAAGACGAGUUCGAGCACGAUGGCGCAAGCGACAAAAUCGCGACUCCAACAGAGCUCUAUUUUUUCCUUCGAGACUUGCUUACCGUCAAUAAUGUUUCCCGCAAAAAGGUUCUUACGUUGUGCUCCAGAAACAGUGAGGAAGUUGUGAUUCGUGAAACCAUCCGUCACUUCUCGCAGAGCGAGCAGUGCUCCACCAUGGUCAUUAAUCUUUUCCAACUCGUCAUUCGUGAGGUUUCAAAGGAUCCUACGCGCAAGACUCCAUUUGCUCUCUGGCUAAAAUGGAUCCUUUUGGCACAUGGUGGUUUCAUCUCGAAGCAGCCAGAACAAGAGGACAACUUGAGGGCCCUCAAAGAGAGCCUUGUACAAGGAAUGGGUAUGAUGCCAAAGCUCUUGGCUUUGCAGGGACGUUUGCAAUUGCUCAAAUCACAGGCUGAUCUUCGAAGCAAAACAAGCCUUCUCAACCUCGACGAAGACGACGAAGUGGAUGCGUUCAACGCUGUAGACAACGAUUUUGGUAAUGAUACUACCAACAAUACCACAGUGUUUGAAGAUUCCGUCAUGUACGCCAACGGCGAGAACGACGAGUUUGAGGGCGACAACACAAUCAACGGCACCAUUGUGUACGAGAAUGGAGAGGCUGACGAGAUGGACGAGACCACAGCAAUGGAAGAAGAUGAAGCAUAA